ACCGUGACCCGUUGUGCCAGAUUGUCACCAUAUUCUACCCAGCAUCCAAGCUUGCCGAAGCAUAAAAUCCAAUAUCAGAAAGCAUCAGCGACCCUGCAGCUAGAAAGUGUAUCAAGAUGUACAGUAAAAGUGUUGACCAAAUUACUAUCCUGCAAGGAGAUCGCACAAAGUUAAAAGAUUUGCUACGCUUGCGGCUCAUCGAGUGCGGUUGGAACGACCAGGUACGAUACCUCUGCAGACAGGCGAUAGUGGAAAAUGGUCACACAAACGUGGACGGCGUCGUGCAAGUUGUAACGCCGGAAGCUCGUACCCUGAUUCCUGAUGUGGUGAAACGGGAGCUACUGCAGAAAAUUCGAAUGAGCUUGGUACAGCAGGAGAAGCUCGACUUGUAACUGUCCUCGGCGACCCCAGAACAGAAUAAGAUAAGUUUAAGUUAAGUCGAUAUAAACUAUGUUUUAAUAGAAAAUGUCAAAUAAAGCAAUCAUAUGAAUAUAG